AUGAAAGCUGAAACUGAUUAUAAUUUAGCUGCAUGGUUGGAGAGGAAGGAUAACACCUACACGAGCCCCACCUUUCAGAACGAAAUUCUCAAAGUAAUGGGAUUGAACCUGCUGAGGAAACUUGCUGCAGAGUUUCAUAAAUCUUCGUUCAUGAUCGUAAUGGCAGAUGAAACUAGAGAUGCAUCUAACACAGAACAGGUGGUUUUGGUGAUCCGUAGGGUUACUGGAUGCUUUGAAGUUCAUGAGGAGUUUGUAGGCAUGUAUCAGGUACCAUGUACUGAUGCUGAGACUCUUACAGCAAUAAUCAGUGAUGUUUUUACAAGAAUGAACUUGACUUUCAAGAAAUUGCGAGGCCAAUGCUAUGAUGGGGCAAGAGCAAUGAGUGGCAUUAAAAGUGGCGUAGCUGAGCGAAUACGCAAAAUAGAGCCUAGAGCAAUCUUUACCCAUUGUUAUGGCCAUUCUCUCAGCCUUGCUGCUAGUGACAUGGUAAAGCAGGUGAAGUUGUUGAAGGACUCACUAGGAGUUACCCAUGAGAUAACAAAACUCAUCAAGUAUUCUCCACGUCGGGAGGAAAUAUUCCAAAGGUUGAAAGAGAAUCUUUCAAGCUACUCAAAGACUGGGAUAAGAAUUCUUUCUCUUACAAGAUGGACUCACGUGGCAGGAAUCCUUAGAAAUUGUUCAUGA